CGUUAAGAACUGAACAUGUCUGACUCUGCUUAUAAGACCUUCACCUAUCACCAUUUCCUCUCUUCUCCUCAUCAGAAGCUCACCAAACAAAAACUCUCUCUUUACUCUCUAUCUCGUUACAUCUCAGCCGUCCCUUCACUGAUGGCUGCUGCCAUAUCCACCGUUGGUUCCGUCAAUGGAGCACUGUUGAGCUUAAAUGGGUCCGGUGGCGGAUCAGCAGCGGCGCCGAGCUCAGCCUUCAUGGGGAGCGGGUUGAAGAAACUGACGGGAAGAUCGACCAUGAACAGCGGAAAGGUUUCGUCAGGGAGCUUCAAGAUUGUGGCGGCGGAAGACAUUGACGAAGAGAAGCAAACGAGCAAGGACAGGUGGCAAGGGCUGGCCUACGAUAUUUCCGACGACCAGCAAGACAUUACCAGAGGAAAGGGUAUGGUCGAUUCUCUCUUCCAGGCUCCCCAGGACGCCGGCACUCACUAUGCUGUCAUGAGCUCCUAUGAAUACUUAAGUACCGGACUUAGAACGUAUGACAUCGACAACAACAUGGGUGGUUUGUACAUUGCUCCUGCUUUCAUGGACAAACUGGUUGUUCACAUCACCAAGAACUUCAUGAGCCUUCCCAGCAUCAAGGUUCCUCUCAUUUUGGGUAUCUGGGGAGGGAAAGGACAGGGAAAAUCUUUCCAAUGUGAACUCGUCUUUGCCAAGAUGGGAAUCAACCCUAUCAUGAUGAGCGCCGGAGAAUUGGAAAGUGGGAAUGCCGGAGAACCCGCCAAGCUAAUCCGCCAAAGGUACCGUGAGGCAGCAGACAUAAUCAAGAAGGGCAAAAUGUGUGCCCUCUUCAUCAACGAUCUCGAUGCAGGAGCUGGUCGACUUGGUGGAACCACACAGUACACUGUUAACAACCAGAUGGUUAAUGCUACACUAAUGAACAUUGCUGAUAACCCAACAAAUGUCCAGCUCCCUGGUAUGUACAACAAGCAGGAGAACCCUCGUGUCCCGAUCAUCGUUACUGGUAACGAUUUCUCAACUUUGUACGCUCCUCUCAUCCGUGAUGGUCGUAUGGAGAAAUUUUACUGGGCACCUACUCGUGAGGAUCGGAUUGGUGUCUGCAAAGGAAUUUUUAGAAGCGAUAAUGUCCCUGAUGAUGACAUUGUCAAGCUUGUUGACACCUUCCCUGGUCAAUCCAUUGAUUUCUUCGGGGCUCUUAGGGCAAGAGUGUACGAUGAUGAAGUGAGAAAGUGGAUCUCGGGUGUUGGAGUUGAGGGUGUUGGAAAGAAGCUUGUAAACUCAUUGGAAGGACCCCCAACAUUCGAGCAACCAACGAUGACAAUCGAGAAGCUUCUCGAGUACGGUAACAUGCUUGUGCAAGAGCAAGAGAAUGUGAAGAGAGUUCAAUUAGCUGACACCUACCUCAAGGAGGCAGCUCUUGGUGAUGCCAACCGGGAUGCCAUGAACACUGGAAAAUUUUAAUCAUGCCAAGCUCUAUUCACAAGUUCUAGUAAAUGGGUCCAACCUGAUGAAGAAGAAGAAGAAUUAAUCACACAAGCAAUUGUGAAAUGAAGUUUUAAUCACAAUAUUCUCUUUAUUUCCCCCUUUUUUUCCUCUCUCUCUUUUCCUUUUUUUUUUCUUCGAAAAAGUCUGUUUUCUUUUCUAAUGGAUUUGUAUCCUAAUUUUGUGUGGUAAUGUAAACUAUGAUCUUAUGGAA